AUGGCAGGCGUUUCGGCUACCAACCGUAGGAACCCUGGAAACGGGUCCGUUCGAGGCGUAUCCGGGACAUCUAAUGAUUCGCCAACAAGUGCAAUAUCGAACGCAUCAUCGUCUAGGAAACGAGGCCAGCCAGCGUCGGGCACUUCUUCCGGGGAACCGCCUUCACUUGAGCCCGAAAAUCGGCGCAAGUCAAAGAAGAUUAGUCGAGCCUGCGACUUCUGUAAGACGAAGAAGCUCAAGUGCUCCGGUACUCUUCCGUGCGACGGCUGCACUAAGCGACAGCUCUCUUGUGUAUACGAUGCGACGUAUCGUCGUGGUAGACCGCCAACCCCUCAACCUCGCCCAGAGGUGCCACCACGAGAACCCGGGUCGCUGCCAGAAGCCAUUGAAAGAUUGAUAUCCAGGAACUCAGAAUCUACACAUUCAUCACUCCAUGGAUCUCAUGAGGGGGUCAGUACGAUGGACCCUGACCUGCUAAGCCUAGAAUUGUCUACCACAAAUCAAGGAAUUGGUGAUGGGAACGUAUCGACCUCACGUGCCUCUCCUGAGCUAGAGAGUGCUGAAAUUGAAGGCCAAUACCUCGAUCCAACUUCAAGCUUGACCUUUCUUCACCGGGCAUGGAAGAGGCUCUCGUCACAAAAAGACACGGCGGGUAUUGCUCCUCAAGUGUCCAACAACACAGAGCACCAUCAAAGCAUGAUAUCAGCUGGCGAUAAACCCUUUGCUGUUCAUGCAGGAGAUAUACUCAUCAUCCCGGACCAUGCGACUGCUAUGGAGAUGCUGCAGUACUACUUCGAUGUCUGCGUUGUUACGUACCGCUGCUUGCACCAAGGCUAUGUAACGAGGUGGUUCACUGCUGUUCUGGCAAAUCGACAGGCCGAUCUGCCGCUGUAUUACGGCAUUGGGCAUGCAAAGGCGGCUGUUGUACUGAACAUUUUAGCCAUUGUCACUCUGCGCCAAAUACAAAUCAACGAUGUGGCUUCGCUCGCAGCCGACGGUGGAUUUGUCGUCCUCAAGAGAAGUGAUUCACUUUUUUGCGCCGCGACAAAUUUGACGGACAAUGAAGUCGGUCGACCAAGCUUGGACUCGGUACAGGCAAGGCUACUACAAGUGUUAUAUCUCCUGCAGUCUGCGCGGAUGAAUCAAGCCUGGUACAUAUUCGGCAGCACGCUUCCCAUCGUCUCAGCUCUAGGCCUUCAUCGACGGUCCGGCGGAAAACGUGGAACGAGCGGCCCAAGGUCAACCAGUUUCGACUAUAUCGCCUCCCAGUGUCGUAAACGAACAUUCUGGGUGGCAUACACGAUCGACAAGUAUUUAGCUGUUGUUUUCGGCCGUCCGAGGCUCUACCACGAUGACGAUAUUGACCAGGACUUUCCCGACGAAGUCAACGACGAGGACAUGACCCCGCAGGGUCGGGCAGCACACGAGCCAAAGAUGGACUGCCAAGUAGAUUCUCUCAUCUGCCAUGCGAAACUCGCUCAAUUGAUAGACCGCGUCUCGAGAGAAGUCUACUCGAUCAAGAAGACAUCAAAACAGGAGCGGCUGGAGUCCGCCCACAAGUUCAGUCAUGAGCUUUACCAGUGGCGCGAGUCGCUCCCAUAUCACCUUGGCACGCUGCGCCCCAUGUCUCUCAUCCCAUCAUUCAGACGCCAAGCUACGGCGCUCAAGCUUGCGUACUGUCACGCAAUUAUGCAUGUCAAUCGACCCUUCAUUCUUGGGACGCCAGGAAACAACGGUGAAGGACAUCCUACGCCGCUGGAGGACAGCGUCGCGGAGUGCAUUAACGCGGCCAAGACCGCGCUUGAGACGGUCGACACAAUGGCCACAGAUGGAACGCUUUUCCAUGCGCUAUGGUGGACACCCUAUGUGACGUUUUGUGCUCUAGCCGUGGUGUAUGUCUGGGAAAUACAACAGAGCCGUGCCGCACCGGAGGAUGACCACGGGCUACGCCCACUGAUCGAGCUAGCAGAGCGUUGUCAAAAUCACCUGGCCCGGGCAACCGCACCAGACAGCCCGAGCCGCAGGUACAGCGUCAUCAUCGAGGAGCUGCGACAGGAGGCUCAACGGCAACUGGCGCGCGCCCCGAGACAAGCGCAGCCAGCUACUGAUGCUCAUCCUCAGCAGCCCGAGCAACAUCAAAGCAGAAGCACGGGACCGAUAGCCGCAAUGGCUAAUGUGGGCGAACGAAACACGGACGAACAAGCUGGUCAACAGAUGUUUGUGUCCGAGGGUGACGCAGGAUUUGGGGGCGUGGACUUGUUAGACGGAUGGCAGACAACGGACUGGCUGGAUCUCGACUCCUCGGCCUUUGGCCCUUGCCCUGGCUUUGAAGAUUCGCCGAACCUGUGGACAGACAACCCGCCCCCGCCGAGAGGUUGA